AUGAUGCAGUGGACGUCGUUCGUUCAGAAAGCCCAGUCCUUCAUUGACCCGGCCAACUUCAGUCUUCCUACCCUCUCUUCCUCCGAUCGCAACCCGUCCAAGGCCUCCUUGUUUCGCCAGCAGUUCCGUCUUCCGGAUUCCCAGAAUCCGUUGCAAGAGAUCACAGCGGAGCUGAUUCUUCCCAUACCGCAUACACCGUCCUCUACAUCCCACGGCGAACCCUCCCGCAAUCUUGUUGACCGCGCCGGGAACCGCUACGCCGGCAGGCUCCAUCUGAGCGAACGGUUCCUCUGCUUCUCGACCCAGCCUACAAGCUUCACACCAUCCGCUAGCCUUGGUGCGUCGACGCAUUGGGCUGGUCAAACCAACGGCACAGGCCCGUCUGGAAAUGGGUUUACCAUUCCGCUGUGCUGCAUCCGGAGGGUGGAACGACUCAACAGUCUCAGCCAUGUUUUCUCCCUCGCGUUAACGACAUGGAACGGUGCACUGGGGAAGCAACAAAAUUCCGAAUUUUUUCCACAAAGGUUCACUAUCCAGCUGGCUGGAAGCAGGCAGGCCUGCGAACGCUUUUGCGACGGCUUGAAGAAGGGGCUGCGGGAAUGCAUGAAAGAAAUCGAGAACCUGCGAAUAGUCGUAAAUAAUUGCUACUCGGAAUACUUACUAUCCGGGGCCAAAUCUAAAUCUCAGAAUGGAGAGGCCCUUGAAGUGCGUCAGCCACCCGAUGCCGGGCUGGGAAUGAUAUUCCGAUAUCCCGGUGAUGCUCGCAAACUUCGAGACCGAAGUAAGAUGAGGUUAUGGGGGGAGUACUUUAGAGAGAAUGGCCGCAACGCGACGCUCAUCCGUCAACCUACCUUCCAUAAAUUAAUCCGAGUUGGUCUCCCCAAUCGUCUGCGGGGAGAGGUCUGGGAGGUGACAUCGGGUUCGCUUUACCUUCACUUGAGAUCUCCAACUCUAUAUACGGAGACGCUAUCGAAGUUUUCCGGACAAGAGUCCCUGGCGAUCGACGAGAUCGAGAAGGACCUAAACCGCAGCUUGCCCGAAUAUGCCGGGUUCCAGAGUGAAGAAGGCAUUGGUCGCCUUCGAAGGGUUCUUACAGCCUACAGUUGGACCAACGCAGAGAUUGGGUACUGCCAGGCUAUGAAUAUUGUCGUUGCAGCUCUGUUGAUUUAUAUGUCGGAGGCACAAGCCUUCUUUUUGCUGUCUGUCCUUUGCGAUCGCCUUCUGCCGGGCUACUAUUCAACAACAAUGUACGGCACGUUGCUCGAUCAAAAAGUGUUUGAAUCCCUUGUGGAGAAAACUAUGCCUGUGCUUUGGGACCAUCUUACGAAAUCCGAUGUGCAGCUAUCCGUUGUGUCCCUUCCAUGGUUCCUCUCGCUUUAUAUUAACUCUAUGCCGCUGGUUUUUGCUUUCCGUGUAUUGGACGUGUUCUUCCUCGAGGGCCCCAAGGUUCUUUUCCAGGUCGGCCUAGCCAUCCUCAGGAUCAAUGGCGAGGAACUUUUGGAUAUACAGGAUGAUGGCUCUUUCAUCUCCGUUUUGAAGGCGUACUUCUCUCGCCUCGAUGAGUCAGCCCACCCUAGAUCUGAGAAUCCAAAGCUGAGGGCUAUCACUCGGUUUCAGGAGCUUAUGGUUGUCGCUUUCAAAGAAUUCUCUCAGAUUACCCACCAGACAAUUACGGAACAGCGCGAGAAACACAAAGACGCUGUUCUGGAGAAUAUUGAAAGUUUCGCCAAACGCACGUCCAUCCGGAACCUGGGGCCAGAUAGUAAAAAGCUCAGCAUGGAUGAUUUAGGUGUAAUCUACGACCGCUACUACGAGGUUCUAUAUGACCGUCAACAGAGGGAGAAGCUCCUAGAAGAGGAGAGAAGGCGCCAGGAAAAGAAGAGGGUGGAAAGGACAUCCAUCCUUGGGCCUCCAGUUGAUAGAGAGGUUGGCCGGGUUGGACUUGGUCCUAGUCCCACUCACAUGGACUAUGACGCCUUUCGGCAUUUCCUCGCAGCAACAGCAAAAUGGGCAGUUGCGGACUCGCCCGGAUCAUCACGCAAGGAUUCAACAGCGGAACAGGGGUUCAACAGUUUCAGAGGCUGGGGCAAAUCUUCCGCAUUGUGGAAUAAUAAGCCUGAACCAGCAGAUCAUGAGUUCACACGACGGCUCUUCCGCCAGUGGGCUACAGAUCCAGAUGAAGGUCUGAGCCUACAGAACGUAGUCAACGGUCUUGCACGACUGAAAGGACCGCGUGACAUCAUGAACAACAUUAGUUACUUUUUCGAUCUCUAUGAUGACCACGGGACUGGUCAGGUGGAUCGAGAAGGUAUUCUUCGCAUGUCAGAGGCGCUUCUCUUCCUUUCUCGGCGAGGCUUUGAAGGCGCUAUUACUCCCACGCAGUCCGUGGAGGACGUCCGAGCAAAGGAAAAUGACCAAGACAAACUCAGUACCGACGAAAGAUUCUUGGGGAGCGUCAGUUCUUUCAUACGUCGUUGUUUCGAGUAUGCCGAUCCCAGCCAUCCGGAUAGAGCAGCCGAAGAACAGAAGGACGACGAUGCGGCGGGAACAGCUGAUAAGCUCGGGUCUUUUAGCAUUGGAGACGAUGAGGAAGACCUCAUCGAUGUGGGUGACGAUGCAAAAUCAACUGAUUCGACUGAAACAGAAAAGGCCGCGAAGCAGGUGCCUGAAGACAAGUCCGACGCGCAUCACAACCGAGCCUUUUCAGAAUCCGCAAACCCUGCACUUGAUCCCAAUAAUCCUCUACACAUCACCCUUCCUACCUUCCGCAUGGUGAUCCUAGCUGACGAAAUGCUGGAGCAAUUCUUCGAUUCAUAUUUCCCACAAUCGUUCCGCCUCUCAGAUCAUGGAUUGGAAGCCUUGGUUUCCUCGUCUCUCUCGUCGAACCUCACCACAUUCUCCAAUAUCGGUGCUGCCAAACCCCAAUCUAGCCCGGCAACCGGUGCCUCGGUAGCGGGAGCUUCAGGCGGUAUCGUUCCUCCGGGCAAGGGUCUCCGCGGGGUGCUGGACAACAUUGUAUCGGACGGCAUCCGUAUGGCUGCAGAGGUCAAGAAGAGAAUGGACGAAGCACAACGUGAACUGGAGCGCAGCGCCCUUAACCGCCACGAUGAAGAGGAGGACGAGGAGGAGGAAGAGUACGAUCCUCGCGCCGGUGUGGCCACCACAUCAGCGAUGGUCGGUGGCAUCUCUAGCUGGGGUGCAGGUGCUUACGGCGCCGACCCCGAACGGCGUAGCGUCAGAGAUGCAGAUCGCGAUCUACUUGAAGGGGCCGAGGUCAUCAGCGGCAAGGAUGACGCCUCACUUCUUGACGAUGAAGACGACAACAAACAAGAACGAGGAGAUCAAAACCCCCACAAUCCAAGCCAGUCCGAUCAGACCCUCGUCAGCAAGGUUGAAUUCGAAUCAUAG